AUGGAGACACCUCAAGAGGUUGUCUUGGGAACUUUAGAAGAUUUGGGAGAUGAGGACUUUGAAAAAUGUAAGUGGCACCUGCAGCAGAAAGGGGCCCUUGAAGACUUCCCAGCAAUCGCAAAGAGCAAACUGGAGAAUGUAAACAGGAUGAAGACAGUGGACCAGAUGUUCUCGACCUACAGUAUGAACACCAUUAAUGUGACCAGAAUAGUUUUAGUGAAGAUGAAUCAGAAUGAGCUAGUGAAGAAUUUAUCAAACACUGUCUCAGAACCUGCAGAAAUUCUUGCUUCAUGCCAGCGAAAAGUUAAAUCCAACUCACAAAAGAAGUUCCAGUGUGUGUUUGAGGGGAUUGCUAAAGCUGGAAACAAAACCCUUCUGAAUAAGAUGUUCACAGAGAUCUACAUCACAGGCGGAGAUACUGCAGAGGUCAAUUUUGAACAUGAGAUCAGACAGAUUGAAACAGCAUCCUGGAGACCAGACAGACCAGAAACAACAAUCAUAUGUGAAGACAUUUUUAAAGCCCCACCUGGAAGAGAUGAACCAAUCAGAACAGUGAUGACAAAGGGAGUGGCUGGCAUCGGGAAAACAAUCUUAACACAAAAGUUCACUCUGGACUGGGCUGCAGACAAAGCCAACCAGGACAUCCAGUUCACAUUUACAUUCACCUUCAGAGAGCUAAAUAUGCUGAAAGAGAAAACGUACAGCUUGGUGGAACUUGUUCAUUUGUUCUUUAGUGAAACCAAAGAAGCAGGAAUCUACAGGUUUGAAGAGUUUCAGGUUGUGUUCAUCUUUGAUGGUCUGGAUGAGUGUCGACUUACUCUGGACUUCGUCAACACCGAGAUCCUGACUGAUGUUACAGAGUCCACCUCAGUAGGUGUGCUGCUGACAAACCUCAUCAGGGGGAAUCUGCUUCCCUCUGCUCGCCUCUGGAUAACCACACGACCUGCAGCAGCCAAUCAGAUCCCUCCUGAGUGUGUUGACAUGGUGACAGAGGUCAGAGGGUUCACUGACCCUCAGAAGGAGGAGUACUUCAGGAAGAGAUUCAGAGAUGAUGAUAAGGCCAAAAGAAUCAUCUCCCACAUCAAGACAUCACGAAGCCUCCAGCUCAUGUGCCACAUUCCAGUUUUCUGCUGGAUCACUGCUACAUUUCUGGAGAAGGGGUUGAAGACCAGAGAGGGAGGAGAGCUGCCCAAGACCCUGACUGAGAUGUACAUCUACUUCCUGGUGGUUCAGUCCAAACGGAAAAAUGUAAAGUAUGAUGGAGGAGAUGAGAAGGAUUCACACUGGAGUCCAGACACCAGGAAGAUGAUCGAGUCUCUGGGAAAACUGGCUUUUGAGCAGCUGCAGAAAGGCAACCUGAUCUUCUAUGAAUCAGACCUGACAGAGUGUGGCAUCGAUAUCACAGCAGCCUCACUGUACUCAGGAGUGUUCACACAGAUCUUUAAAGAAGAGAGAGGACUGUACCAGGACAAUGUGUUCUGCUUCGUCCAUCUGAGUGUUCAGGAGUUUCUGGCUGCUUUUCAUGUCCAUCUGACAUUCACCAACUCUGGAGUCAACCUGCUGGCAGAAGAACAAACAACAUCAAUACAGUUCUACGAGAGUGCUGUGGAUGAGGCCUUCCAGAGUCCAAAUGGACACCUGGACUUGUUCCUCCGCUUCCUCCUGGGUCUUUCACUGGAGACCAAUCAGAAUCUCCUACGAGGUCUCCAGACACAGACAGGAAGUAUGUCAGAGACAAACAAGAAAACAGUGGAGUACAUCAAGAUAAAGAUUAAUGUUUAUCGGUCUGCAGAGAGAAACAUCAAUCUUUUUCACUGUCUGAAUGAACUGAAUGAUGGUUCUCUAGUGGAGCAGAUCCAACAGUCCCUGAGUUUAGGACGUCUCUCCACAGAUAAACUGUCUCCUGCUCAGUGGUCAGCUCUGGUCUUCAUCUUACUGUCAUCAGAAAAAUAUCUGGACGUGUUUGACCUGAAGAAAUACUCUGUUUCAGAGGAGGCUCUUCUGAUGCUGCUGCCAGUGGUCAAAGCCUCCAAUAAAGCUCUACUGAGUGGCUGUAACCUGUCAGUGAGAAGCUGUGACGCUCUGUCGUCAGUACUCAGCUCCCAGUCCUCUAGUCUGAGAGAGCUGGACCUGAGUAACAAUGACCUGCAGGAUUCAGGAGUCAAGCUGGUGUCUGCUGGACUGAAGAGUCCAGACUGCAGGCUGCAAACUCUCAGUCUGUCAGGCUGUAUGAUCUCAGAGAAAGGCUGUAUUUCUCUGGCCUCAGCUCUAAGCUCCAAUCCCUCCCAUCUGAGGGAGCUGGACCUGAGCUAUAAUCAUCCUGGAGACUCAGGAGUGAAGCUGCUGUCCACAGGACUUAAUGAUCCUAACUGGAGACUGGAAACUCUCAGGAUGGACAAUAGUGGACCGCAGUGGUUAAAACCUGGUGUGAGGAAGUAUGUCUGUCAGCUGGAACUGGACACAAACACAGUAUACAGACACCUCAAACUGUCUGACAACAACAGGAAGGUCACAAUAGUGGAAGAGGAUCAGCCAUAUCCUGAUCAUCCAGAGAGGUUUGACCCCUGUCCUCAGCUGCUGUGUAGAGAUGGUCUGACUGGUCGCUGUUACUGGGAGGUGGAGAGGAGAGGAAAGGUUUCUAUAUCAGUGAGUUACAGAGGAAUCAGCAGGAGAGGAGACAGUGUUGACUGUGUGUUUGGAUGGAAUGAUCAGUCCUGGAGUCUGUUCUGCUCUGAUGAUGGUUACGCUUUCUGGCACAAUAUGAUACUAUCCUCCAUCUCCUCCUCCUCUGUCUCUGAUAGAGUAGCAGUGUAUGUGGACUGUCCUGCUGGCUCUCUGUCCUUCUACUCAGUCUCCUCAUCUGAGUCACUGAUCCUCCUCCACACCUUCAACACCACAUUCACUCAACCUCUUUAUCCUGGGUUCACAGUCUGGCCUCGUUCUGGUGCCUCAGUGUCUCUGUGUCCUCUGCAGGAUCAGCUGCUGAACUCAAAGUUCAGUCUGUUCACCAUCACACACACUCUGCACUGA